AUACGCUCAACGCUGGAGGAGCAGCACUCCAGUGUGUCCGCGCAGCUGCUGCGUGCAUUUGCUUGUGUGUAUGUGUGUGUGUGAGUGUGUGCGUGUGUGAAUGCACAACAAGUUGAUAUAUUAUUUUUAAUUUUUUUCCCCAAAAAACAUCUUUUUGAAUUAAGCUCCAGGAAGUAACUACGGCGAGCGAGGCAUCUCAAGAAAGAGAGAGAGACUUUCCACUACAACAACAACGGAGACUCUAAUGAACUCGAAGAUAACAAGUUCUCUCCGCACAGCCUCCGAGAAGAACAAGUCACAUUUACUACGCAGUUUAAUGAAUGUCGGCGUGUCGUUUUUUCGACACUAGUAGCUAACUUUACGCUACAGCUGCUCUGCGCUGUUGUUUUUCCUCUUCUUCUUCUGCGGUUGGCAGUCAAGUGAUAUAUAGUCCCGUGUGCCUUCUUCUUCUUCUUCUUCUCUCUUUAAAUGUGUAAAAGUCGCUCAUGUUAAGCUCAUGAAGUUGUAGUAACCGUCACAGUCACCGUGAUAAAAGCGUAAUAAGCCAUAAGCUACCCAUUAAUAAAAACAUGCUAAAGACGCUGACGAAGAAGCUAAGAAGACAUUCACUCAACGAGAUACAUCCUUUCCAGCUGAAGAUUUCUUACCAUGGCAGUGGAGAAGGAGGGGAGAGCGACGAUUCAGAGGGGGAGAACCAGGAGCUUGCACAGAUUGACAGAGAGAGACGGAGAAAUUGCGCCCUCACACCCUUGGCCACCAGCCAGCAGCACAACCAGGGUCCCCUCUCUCCAGCCCGGUUACGACGCCUUCGCCUCCUUUUAGAUGCCAAUCUGGAUCGCCACUCUUCAGAGGAAGAGCUCGAGCGAAUCAGCUGCGGCGACAGCAGGAAGUGGGUGUCGGCGCUCCCACAGCGCCACGGCGAUCACCACAGCAGCGCCUCCAGUGAUGAGGAGGUACGGGACCUCUGUGGCUGCGGGUCACCGGCUGCCUCUGCCAGGCCGCUGGUUGAGCCGGGUGCUUGCCUGGCUGCCUCCCCCAGCCCUGUACUCUUCAGCUCCAGUCCACCACGUAGCCUCAAGCCACCCCCCAUGCGCUUUCAGCUGCAGGUGGUGCAGCCAGUGGCGCGGCCCAUCAUUUUGACCCACUUUGACCAGUCAGCACCUUAUAGAAAGUAUCGGCACAGUUACGGCGGGGAGCCAGGGAGGCCCAGUCUGGAUCUGGAGAAAAUGCAACAGAAAAUGCUGCUGAAAAAGAACUGUGGAGGGAAAACGCGGACUAUAAAGAUUCGGACUCUGACAGGAAGCCGUCCUCCGCCCAGGUACACCUACGACCCCUCCAUCUUCGCCUUCCGCUCCUUGAGCACAGUGCCCCCCUGCAGCCCGUUGACCCCGUCCGAGGAUCCUCCCUGCUCAUAAGGAAAUUCAACCAUUGCCAGAUAAUCCUCUCCUCCCCUACUCCCUCUCUUCAUUCCCAGACGGCUGCUUUUUAUUAUUUUUUUGCGGCUUCUGCAGCGAGACCAACGAGUGACUGUUCUGAAACUGACCGCUAUAGAAAGACGUUUGGUUUGACGGUCAAACUAUUGCACACUCAGGUAAUCCCACCCCUGUCACUUUGAUCAUUGUUCUCCACACGAAAAUCAGCAGGAACACAUUUGGAGAAUAAAAAAUGGCCUAAACACAACAUUUCUAAGGAUACUUCAGGUAUUGCAUAUGUAUAGCUGUCUCUGAAAAGAUCCUGCGAUUGGAGGAAGAACGAUCAUCAAGAAACAAACACGGACGGUGGAUCGGAGGUGGUACAAAAAGGGACAAGGCCAACCGUUUUGAAACCUGAAUUUAGACGUGGGUUGGAUCAAUAUUCAAGGGAAAUAAUGCAUGUAAGACAAUCAAAUGGUUCCAAGGUUUCUUCCUUUGAUGUGAUUACUGGAUAUCUUGUAAGGUUCUUGGUAACUUUCUCUAGUAAACAUGGCGAGGCGAGUCAUCCGAUAUCUUGUUAUUGUUGAGAUAAAACAUAGACAGUGGUCACAUUCGUCCGUCUGAAAAUACUACUUUGGAUGUGUUAUUGAAUAUGCAGGUUGUGACGAGCUAUAACAAACAUGUAUGUAGUUGAAUAGUCGACCUUUGACCUUUUGACGAUGUACGUUUCUUAAUGAAUGUGUCACUUUUAGUCCGGGUCAGAGUUAAGUACUUGUAUCCUCUUUCCUUGCAUGAAUUCCACUGUUUUUUUUUCUUUUUUGCAGAAAGAGAGGUAUGUGAACAUAAGGAAGUAUGAGAAUAGUUUGCUGCACAUUUGGCAAGUGUAAUUGGUGCUGUGUUUACGCAUAGCCUACUUGUAGUGUGCCAUUUCUUUUUUCUUUUUUUUUCCAAUAUUGUACCUCAUUACUUUCUAGGUAGAAGAGGACCCACUGGUGUAUCAAAGACAUCCCAGUGUUUUCUAAAGAUCUCUUAAUGCCUUGAAAUCACAUUCCUGUUGUAUCGAAUGAAACUUGAGGUAGUUCUCGGCUCCCCCGAAACGAGCCGACCAAUCGAUUAAACGCAAUGUCACCACUGUAACUAAGAUUCCGCCGAAGUGAAUGUAACAUUGUGACAUGUUUUCGUCCACUGUUGCACAAAAUGAAUCAAUAAAUGCCCUGUGGCCUCUUGUUUA